UCCUGCAAACUGGAUCUAUCUGCUACGUAAAGACAGCGGAAAGUUGGAAGGUAGAUAAAAAUGUCUGAGCAAGAGGCGAUCAGGAAAACGGUGCGUCAUUCUUUAUCAAAGGAUGAAGGUUUAAUCAAUGGAGUGAAAACUGUUUCCAGCGAUGUUCCAGAUGAGAUGACAGAGAACUUAAACCUGGCCACGGUCUAUGUCUCAGAUGCCCAAUAUAACAGGAACAUAUUUUUUGAUACAUCACCUCAGGCUGUGAGACUCUACCUGCUCUACAAUCACUGGAUCAUGCAGACGCUGGUAUAUGUUUUCAUCAUAACAAACCUUGCACUAGCUCUGUUGGAAGAUCCUGCAGUUGUGCCAGUUCCAAUAUGGACAACUUCUACAGUUGAGAUAAUUUGUCUCUCUGCUUUCACUGUGCGGCUAGUUCACUAUGCCAAAGUCAUUCCAAAAGAUAAAUUCUGGAAGGAUCCCAAAAAUAUAUGCUUCAUAAUCAUUGUAACGCUCUCUUUUUUAGAUUUGACUAUAUACGGGGCUCUGAAAGCAGCAGGCUACUUUGGCGUCCGAUGGUCAAGGGUCUUAAGACCACUUCUGUUAGUCAAUGUUACAGAGGGGCGACAACUCCGCAGGGCAUUCAGGAGUAUUCGGAAUGCACUUCCUCAGAUCUCCUAUGUUUUCCUCUUAUUCAUGUUCAGCGUGUUGGUCUUUUCUCUCAUAGCUCUAAAGCUGUUUGGGAAAAGGGGCCUUUUGACCAUUGAUGGGUCUUCAUAUUUCACAGACUAUUUGGAAAUUGUUUUCGAUCUGUAUGUUUUAAUGACCACUGCAAAUAGCCCUGAUGUCAUGAUGCCGGCAUACAACUACAGUAUUUUCUUUACUAUUUUCUUCAUUCUAUAUAUUGUUGUCAACACCUACACAUUCAUGUCCUUCUUUCUGGCUGUUGUUUACAAUAACUACAAAAAGUACCUGAAGGAGGAGGUGCGGCAGCUGGUGAAGGCCAGAAGAUUUAAGAUGUGCCGGGCGUUUUCUGUGCUGCAGGAGUCCUGGGGUGAAGGUGGGGAGCCAGUGGUGACCCAGGCCAAAUGGAACCUCCUGGUCAAGCUUGUCAAGCCUAAUAUCAGUAUUGCUCACCGGGAACUGCUGUGGAGCGUCUUAGAUGAUCAGAAGAAAGGACACAUAGGAAAGUUAGCUUUCGUCCAGUCUUGUGAUCUGUUAAGUAUCCAGGUGAUCACAGUCAGGUCACAAGCACAUCCAUUGCUAAUCUGUUUCCCCUUUGUGUAUAACUCCUCAGCCAGCAGGUUUAUCCACCACAUGGUUCGUCACAGAAUGUUUGUGUAUGUCUAUGAUGUUAUUAUCCUGAUCAAUGCUGUGUUUAUUGGUCUGGAUGAGGAGAAUCCUGUGGUGUCAAAUGCUGAGUGGGGUUUUCUAGCUCUUUAUAUGCUGGAGAUCAUUCUUAAACUCUAUGCCACUGAGCCUCGUUUGUUCUUCGCUCGACAUCAGUUUUGGAACUGGUUUGACACCAUCAUUGUUGUGUCUGCACUUUUUGGCACCAUCAUUAAUUCAGCACUCAAACACGCUGGAGGUUACACAAGUCGCCAGAUCUUGGACAUCGUUUUCAUUUUCAGAGUCUUGCGACUUGUACGCUUGGUGGAUUCCAUAAAGAGAUUCCGUGCCAUCAUCAACACGCUUAUUAAAAUUGGACCAACUAUACUAACAUUUGGACAACUCAUAUUGGUGGUGUAUUAUAUAUUUGCCAUGGUUGGCAUGGAGUUAUUUAAAGGGAAAAUACAGUAUUUUGAGCCUAACUCGACAAGGCCUGGUCAAGAGUACUGCGGGAACCCUCUUCUGAAAGGCACCACCUUUGCAAAACUCAACUACUGCAAAAACAACUUCAACAAUGUUGUUUCUUCUUUCGUUGUCCUGCUAGAGCUCACUGUGGUUAAUCAGUGGCAUGUGUUGACCAGCGGUUUCACGGCAGUCACACAUGUUUCAGCCAGAAUAUUUUUCGUCCUCUUUCAUAUUGUCGUUGUCAUUAUCAUAAUCAAUAUUUUUGUUGCUUUUAUCUUGGAGGCCUUCUUGGUGGAGUACACAGUUGACAAAAGUGAUCUUCAGACUUCUCUUGAGAAGAAAAUUGAGGAGCUGGGACUUAAUGUUCAAGAGGAUGGUGUGGACAAUGGUCUUGUAGAUGCAAUGGAAAGCUGUGACAAUGAACUGGGUCCCAAUGAGUCUAGCAAGCGGAAGCCCUCCCUUAUGUUCAAGAUUGCUUCAAGAAGAUCCAGAACGGUGGAUGGACUUUUGCAGCGGAUGUUUGAGACUGAUCUCCACCCUGAAGACUUUGACGAGGAGGAGGAACCAAACAUAAACUUCUCAAACCCUGUUUUUGACUCUAUGUAACUGGAAUGAAACAAAAAACCCUUCAAAAAUGUAAAUUUAUAUAUUUGCAAUUUUCAUCAAAGAUUUAAUGCACACUUCGGUAUUUGGAUCACUAGUAUUCAUCUGUUUAAUCUAUUUCAAGUGUCAAAAAGUCUCAUUUGUAAUCAGAUGUGUAUAUAUAUAUAUUUUUAUAAUAAUCUUUUUGUUAUGUAGCAUA